AUGGAAGAUCCUAGUAAAUCAUUCAAAUCAGAAGAUAAUUUGGGUAAUCUGGCUUCAUGGAGUACAAUCACACAAACAACAUCACAAACAAUAACAAAACGUGAUCGAUGGAAAGGAAAAAUUGAUUUUCUCAUUGCAUGUAUGGGAUUUUCUAUUGGUUUGGGUAAUGUGUGGAGAUUUCCUUACUUGUGUUAUAAAAAUGGUGGAGGAGCCUUUCUUCUACCUUACUUCGUCAGUGUGAUCGUUGCGGGUGUACCAUUAUUUCUUCUUGAAGUUGCUUUGGGUCAGUUUAUGUCUAAAGGAGCUAUUGCAGCCUGGGAUAUUUGUCCACUUUUUAGAGGUAUUGGAUGUGCUAGCACUAUGAUAAACUUUUUGGUGAACAGUUAUUACACAGUGAUUCUGGGUUGGGCAUUUCAUUUUAUUUUCGCUUCAUUCAGUAAAGAACUUCCGUGGGCUAAAUGUGGACAUUCCUGGAAUACUAACUCAUGUAUUGAUGGUGUAGUGAGAACAAAUUUAAGCAAUUCAACAUCACUUCUCCGUCAACAUAUAUUGGGAGCUGAUCCUGCUUCAGAGUACUGGGAAAAUCGUGUCUUACGAAUAUCAAAUGGUAUUGAUAAUUUAGGAACAGUUCAAUGGGAUUUAGCAUUAUGCCUUUUAUUAGCAUGGACAAUAAUAUUUUUAGCAAUAUGUAGAGGAAUAAAAACAUCUGGAAAAAUUAUGUAUAUAACUGCAACUACACCAUAUAUAUUCAUGAUUAUAUUACUUAUAAGAACAGCUCAGUUAGAAGGAGCAUUAAAUGGUAUAACCUAUUAUUUAAAACCAGAUUGGGAUAAAUUAACAGAUAUGACAGUUUGGUCAGAUGCUGGAACUCAAAUCUUUUUCAGUUAUGCUAUUGGUUUAGGAGCUUUGUCUGCAUUGGGUAGUUAUAAUCGUUAUCAUCAUAAUUCAGUUAGAGAUUGUCUUUUAUUUGCUGGUGCAAAUACAUUUACAAGUUUAUUGGCUGGUUUUGUUAUAUUUGCAACACUUGGAAAUAUGUCUUAUAUAUCUAAUGUCCCAAUACAUUUAAUUGCAGAAUCAGGACCAGGUUUAGCAUUUAUUAUUUAUCCAAAAGCAUUAGGAACAUUGCCUGGUAGUCCUAUUUGGUCAUUUUGUUUUUUUAUUAUGAUUAUACUAUUGGGAAUUGAUAGUAUGUUUGGUGGAGUUGAAGGUUUUGUUGCUGCAAUCUCCGAUUACUUACCUCAAGUGAUAUUAAAUCCAUGGUAUCGAGUUAGUUUUGUUGCAGCCACAUGUAUUAUAUCUUAUGGUAUUGGAUUAUUUAUGGUAACUAAUGGCGGUAUGUACAUAUUUCAAUUAUUUGAUUAUUAUUCGGGUAGUCGUAUAAUUUUAUGUGUUACAUUUUUGGAAUGUAUCGUAAUUGGCUAUAUAUAUGGAUGGAGACGGUUUGCAAAUGAUAUGAAGUCAAUGUAUGGCUUUUCACUUAAAUGGUUUUGUUGUUUAUACUUAUGCAUUAUUACUCCAUUGUUUACAUUUGUUCUGUUUAUCUUCAGUGUAAUUGUGUACGAAGAACUCACAUAUAUGCGAGCUGUCAAACCUGAACCAUAUCACUUUCCGAAGUGGUCUGUGAUAUUAGGUUGGAUGAUGGCCAGUUCAAGUUUGUUCUUCAUUCCAGGUGUCAUGAUGGCAGAGGUUAUAAGAACACCGGGAACAUUUCUAGAAAGAAUAAAAUACCUGUGUACACCUCGUCUUACUCAGCAUCGUUGUUCUUUAACCAAUCCAACUUUAAUUGACCCCGAAAAUUCAGAAAUUCCAGAAAAUAAUCCCAAUGAUCAUUAUGAAGUGAAUUCGUGUACAACAGAAGAGCAAAACAUUGAAGAGGAUAAUUCAGGGAAAACAAAGAAAAAAUUCAAAGUUAGAAAUUUCUUUAGAUCGUGUAUUCGAUAG